UUCGUUCUUUGGAGCAUCACACAACAACACAAGGCACACACAUUACACAAUAAGCAGAGGCGGUAGCUAGCUAGCUAGCAAAUGGCGAUGAACCCUCCGAGUAGCAUAGUGGCUUCCAUGGCUGCACCUGUACCAGCCAAGUUCACCAAGUUCACCUUCCGUACCUUAUAUAUUCGUCGGACGGAUCCAGGCAGUAAGGAGAUGUCUCAGGCUGGAAGACCAUCUGAUCAGCUGGGCAGAAGAAACAUCAGUGACUGCCCCAUAUAUGACGGCCGUGGCUCCAACGCCAGCCUAGUUGGUCGCAUACAGGGAAUCACAGUCCAAAUUGGCAAUGCACAUCAAUUAGUCACCAUCGUUUUUGAGACCCAGAGGCUUAAGGGCUCUACGCUCCUUACCAAUGGAAUGGUAACGGCUGGGUCUGAUGAAUGGGCAAUCUACGGUGGAACCGGAGUGUUUGCUAUGGCGACAGGUAUCAUAAAAAGGAAAAAUCUCGCCGAUAGGACUGGUGGCAACACUGAUGAACUCAGCAUGGAAGUUUUCUGCCCAGUGUUUGGCUAAUCAAAGUAGCCAAUUUAAUUUGAACAGCUUGCUACCUGGCCUGCUACUACUACCUACUUGAUCGAUUAUGCUUUCAUCUGGUCGUCAUCAUCCUGUGUGAAAUAAAGGAGGUCUUGCAUCUCUCUCUAUAUAUAUGGCCGUCAUCGUCUGGUUGUAUCUUUAUAGUGUCCGUAUAUAUGGGCACUAUAUAUAGGUCUGUAUGUGUCAAAUAAAGGUUGAUAUCGUCUUGUUAUAAAAUCAUUUCCUUUUAUUUA